AUGCGCGAUGUGGUCACCCUCUUUAUCGAGGCAAGCGUAGCGAAGGGGGAGUGGAAGGCAGCCCUCAGUGCUCUACAGCUCCCCCGAGACAGUCAAAGCAGUAGCACCAGCGCCGGCUCGCUGCUUGCAGUGGAGACGUCCUCGAACCUCUUCCGUCUCUCCAGCACCCUCUCCAGCAAAGGUGAGUGGAUUGCGGCGCUCGCAGUGCUGCGCAGCGCCGCACUGCCAUUUGCCGCGCAGGGAUGCAAACCGCACUCGUCUGCGUAUCUGACAGCGCGCAUCCAGGCAUACCAGCAUGUCCUGAAGGCCUGCUGCAGCGGCAGCCCAGUAGAAGUUCUAGACAACGCUUCAACAAUCACACGAGCGACUGUGUCUGCGCGUGGUGUGGACUCGAGUACGGAAGAAAUGUCCUUCGAGUGCGUCUUGGCACUGGCCAAGGAAGCGUUUUGCGUGCCCAACAGCGUGCCUGAGCUCUUCGGGAGGAACGAGACGCUGUGUGAAGAGCCGGCGGAACGAGACUUGGCGAAGCCGCUCGUUGCCCCUGUAGGACCCACCUCUGUGGGUACAGAUGCUGAAACGGCAUGUGUCGAGGACUUGUUGCGAUGGUGCCGCGCUGAGCUUCCCCGGCGCCGCUCCCUCACUGGCGUAGCAACAUUCGAGCAAACAGAAGCCGCCAUACAGCAGCUAACGGAGCUUUCUGCCGUGGCUUUUCGCGCCAUCUCAGACAUACACACGGCCGUAUCACACAAACCAUCAAGAGAGCUUGAAAACAAAGCAGCCUCACACUCGGACGCCGGUACAUCACAUACACGAGCCGCCUCAGAUGUGCAGCGUGCAGAGGAGGACCUCACAAAGCAACUGGCCAGCAACAGUCGAACCACGGGUGCCUGGGCAACCUCGCUCAACUUUCUGCGGCGAAUUCCGGCGGAAUGCGUCACCGGGCACCUCUUCACCGCCCUUCUGCGGCAUCUCCUCCAGCAUCACCGAGGAAGCGAGGUAGAACAACUGGUGCGCACCUUCGUAUUACCUGAAAGGAGUGGCAGCGGCAGCGCGCAAAGCCCCUUGCCAGCCCUGACACACACGCCACCCUCACGUGCCACGUCGAGGGCGCUACGGGCAGACAGUGUCGUGAUAAAGACUGUGGCGGAGGCGUGUCACCUGCUUAGAUGCAGUGACUUGGCGGCUGCACUUCUUCUCGACACAGAGACACGCGCUGCGAUGACGCCGUCGGCAGCUGUGCCAUUGGUGAUGACGCUGCGUGACGCCGGCGCGUACUCGUCGGUGCUGCUCUGGUGGGAGCUUCUGCGGAAGGAAGAGUCGGUCCUACGCUAUCCACUUCUGCGGCACGCGAAGCUCAGCAGCUAUGUGGCUUCGUGUGUCUUGCGCAGCACCACCGAAGAGACGCAGCAAGCGGCCUCCUCCUCCACAGCGAAAGAGACGCGUGCCAGCCCCGCCCCUCGCUGGACUGGAGAGUGGCACAGUGCGCUGGACGUGUUUCGCGACGCGGAGGCACCAGCACACGAUCCUGCCCUCGUCCUACUUUUUCAGCUGCGCCUGCUUCGGCAGGCUGGGCAGUGGAAAGCGGCUGUGCAGCUUUUCAACACCUUCUGCCAGGCACAUCCCAACGUGGUGGACUCCGAGCAGCCUCCCCCCGAUCUCGCUGGCCAGGAGCACCAUGGCAGACACAACGACCGGCGUCGCUGGCGCACCCGCCGUGAGACCCCCUAUCUAGCUCCAGGUAAGGAACGCGUUAGUGCCAUGAAGAGCGCAUGGGCUGUCCUGACAGAAGAGCGCGCGGAGCAGUGGAUACCACCAUCCGUGCUUGUCCACCUGCGCAGGCAGGGACAAAAUGUACAGUCAUGA